AUGGCAACUAAAGUUUCCACAGAAAUAUUGAUUAUGAUUUUAAAUAAUGUUCAAUCAACUCAAGAUUUACAUUCAUCAUUAUUAGUUAAUCGAUACUGGUGUAAAGUUACUAUUCCUAUACUUUGGAAAUUACCUUUAGGUCAAGAAUAUUGUACAAAUGAUAAGAAGUUAAGGAAGAAAGCAUUAUGUAUUCGAACUUAUUUAUCAUGUAUGAAUACUUCAUCUAGAACUUUACUUACUCAAUUUGGACUUGAUUUAUCAUCAUCCCCACCUCAAGCCACUUUUAAUUAUCCAUCGUUCACUCGUAAAUUUAUAAUUAAUAAUUUAGUUAAUUUUAUUUCCUUAUAUUCACAACAAAUUAUUAUUGGUUAUAAUUGCACUUCAAAUUAUAAGAAAUCCACCAGAUCGAAAAAAAUAUUUCGUGAGAUAUGCAAAUUAAUAAUGAAUCGUUGCUCAUUUCUGGAUUAUUUUGAAUUGGCGAGUGUUCCCGAAAAAUUUUCUAUAAAUUAUAGUGAUUCAAUUAAUUCAAUUUUUAAGUUACCUGGUGCCCCAAAAGUAUUUAAGAAAUUAGAAAGUUUUAUAUUUGAAUAUUAUGAAGGAUCUUUUAAUGAACUUUGUGAACCAUUAAAAUUAAUUUGCGAUAAUAUUUUAAAUAUGGAUUUGAAAUUGAGUUCACAAGAUCAAGUGCAACCUUUAGCAAGAUUUAUUAAUGUUCAAAAACGUUUAGAAAAUCUAUCAAUUGUUACUAAUUAUUUAGAUUGUCAUUUAUUAUUAUGGGGUAUCAUUAGUCAAAAAGAAACAUUAAAGAGUCUUCGUUUAGAAUCAGUAGGUCUUAAUUGGAAAUCAUCAAUUGGACAAUUUAUUUCACUUCAAGAACUUUAUAUUAGAAAUUGUGGAUUGCAUAAAUCGGAAAGUUUAUCCUUUGCUUCAUCAUUUACUCAAUUAAGUAGUUUUCAUUAUUUUCAUUCGAGUAAUCCAUAUAAGUAUAGUCAAGAAUUUGUUAUAAAAGUUCUCGAAACGGCAAAUACAAAUUUAAAAAAUAUUUGUUUAGAUUUACAUCCCACAAUUACAUUUGAUACAUUUUCAGCAAUUUUAAAUUAUUGUACAAAGAUUACCAAAUUAACUUUAUAUGGUUUAAGUCCUGAACAAGCGAUAACAAUAUUUAAUAAUGAUUUUAAUGAAUUAAGAAGAUUUUCAUUUGAUUGUAGAGGAGAAGAAUUUGAUGCUAAUAACUUAUUAUGUCGAAUGGCCAAAAAUGUAUCAGAAUCGCUUGAAAAUAUUGAAAUUAGAAUGGGAAUAUUUAGUGCGGAUAGUUUAAGAAAAUUUUUUGAAGGGUGGUGUUGUAAAGGAAGAGGAGGAAAUAAAAAGUUUAUUGUAAAACGUACAGAACUAGCGCGAUUAUUUAUACUAAGUAAUGAACAUUUUAAAGUUAUUGAAGAAUAUGGAGUUCAAUUUGAUAUGGAAAGAAUGAGUAUUGAAAAUAUGUAA